AUGGAACCUAGGCUUCCUCAAUAUACUUAAUUUUUUAUAGUGAUCAAUAAUCUAGUGAAUGAGAAGGUAAUUGAUAAAAAAUAAAAAACUGAAUUAGAAUAAAGCAUUUUAAGAAAGGAUAAAAACAUAAUGGAGAUAGUUAGCAAAUAUGGAAACAAAGAUAUGGAAUAAUAAUUUUGCGAAAAGUUAGUUUAGUAUGCCAAUCAAAGAUAAAAGGACACUUAUGUGCCACAUAUUAAACAUUUAGAAAAAAACAAAAGUAACAAAUUUAGUGUGAGUGCUCGUUAAAUCUCGUUUUAGCAAGAUGAUCCAAUAGUAGAGAACAAAUAAGAAGUAUCACAUGUGUUAAACUAGUCAUUAUCUCCUUUCAUUUUGCAACUAAUUGAAUAACUUGACACCAUGCUUUCAAUACACAUGACAAAUGGAGGACACUUUGUUCCUAUCGAUGUCGAGAAGUUAACUCAAUUGAGGGAUUAAAUAAACAAAUAUUUGGGGAUUCAAUAUGAAUAAGAAUUAGAUAAUGAAUCACCAGUAAGAUGUAGAAAUAUUAGUGUUUGUGGCAGAGUUAUUUCAGAGCAAUAAGAUGAUAAAUCAGAUUAAGUUGAUACUAGUGUUCAGUUAAAAAGUAAAUAUCAUCUUCAAAUAAUCAGUUAAAUUAAAUAAACAUAUGUUCAAUUAAAAAGUCUAUUUUUGGGAAGUUUACAUACACAUUACCUAUUAAUGUAGGAGGAAUUAUCAUAUAAUAAUUUGGUGAACGUCGUCAAGUCGAUUAUUAAAGAAUUAACUGAUUCUGAUGAAAUUUACUUUCUGAUUAAAAGAAAUGAUGAGUGGGAUUUCUAUUCGACUGAAAAGGAUUCCAUCAAAUAGAUUGAGAAAUAUAAGCAAUAAGUGUUUUUCUUAAACUUUUCGCAUCUCAAACCUAACAUUGUUUAUAACUUUUAAAAUAAUGAAAAAUAAACCAAGUAAUUAGAACUGGUAUUGGAUUUGAAUUCUUAGUUCACUGAACUUUCCAUUAUAAGAUUCAUCAAUCAGAAUAAACAAGAAACCUUUUUCUUCUUCUAUUGGAACAAGCCUGGCAGAAAUAAAUUGUUGAGAAGAUUUAUAAAUGAAGCUAAUGAAUAUGGAUUCAAAGAUGAAGUCUUGUCUUUAACCAAUUUCUUGAUUGAUGUAAUCAUGUAAGCAAGAGUGCAAUACUUUAAUCCAGUGUAGUUUGCAGAUUAAAUUCUGGAUAUAGCCCUAAGUUUCGUGGAGUCAUCCCAAUAUAUCUUGAUUGACGAAAUGUUCAGAGCUUUGGAUCCUCAUUUCAAAAUUAAGAAGGAUUAUGCUUUUUCUGAGGACGGAAGAUAGAAGAUAGACAUGGAGAAUUCCGUGAGAAUAGAGAUGGAAUGCAGGAAUCCGAUUGCUUUGAUUUUGGAAGAGUUUUAUCUAAAUAGAGAGGAUCAUUAAUAUAUUUAUACAGAGAUAUUGAAUUUGAAAUCCAAAUACUAGAGACAUUUGAGAUUGUGUCAUGAGAAAACUGCAUAUUACAAAUACUUUUUGAGAUCUUCUGAUACAAUCCUAUUUGAUUUUGAUAAAAAUGGAAGACUGCUAUUUUUGAAUCAUUACAUUUGGGAGACUCUCAAAUAGAAAUACAAUAUUUAAUUCUCUCCAGAUAAACGGACUCCAAAUUAUAAAGAGUUGUUUAUGGAUGAAAGAAUCCUCAGGUAUAUAGAUUUGGAUGAAUUUAUGAUGAAAAAGAAGAAUGAGUACAUCCAGCAUGAGGACUUUGAAAUCUUCUUGAAGGUGGUUGAUCAAGUUUACAAGGGAUUUGUGAUUAUAUUUCAUCUGCAAGAAGGAUCCAGAAUGAAGGAUUACAUAAAGAAUUUGAAAAAUGAAGAGCAAUUGGAAGAUGAGAUCAAAUAAUCCAUUCAACGUUCCUAUAACAAACAUUAAACAUUCAAAUUCAUAUCCCAAUUACAGAAGUCGAAUCCUAGUGUUAAGAACUCUUAUAUUUCUUUGUUCAUACCCGAGGAAUCAUCUUUAGAUAAUUAAGACCAACAAUAAUAGUCAAAUAAUUCAUUGCAGCCUAUCAAAACAAGAAAGCCCAGAUUGAGUAUCCAAAUGUUGGGUAAGUAAAUCAAGGCAUUCAAUUAUCAACCGUCUAAAUAACGUAUAAAAUCUAUAGAGUCAGCAUUGGAGAUUGAGGAGGAUGAUGAUUUGGACACAUUAUAUGAGGACAAGACAAUCGAUAAAUUUGAAUUUAACAUUUUCUCUGAAAAUAUGAAGGCAAAGUUGGUGUAUCAUAUAGUUAAGAAAAACGAUUGGAUUGACAAUUAUGAUAUGAGUGAGGAGGUUUUGAUGAAGUUUAUUAAGGAAGUCGAGAGAAAAUAUAAUAAGAGGAAGAACCCUUUUCAUAAUUUCGAUCACGGGAUAACUGUAAUGCAUAGUUGUCAUUUCUUGUGUUCUUUGCCAAGAGCACAUCAGUAUUUGAGUGAGAUUGUGCAUUUUGCAACUGUGAUUUCAGGGUUAUGCCAUGAUAUUUCUCAUACAGGACGAACGAAUCAAUUUGAAAUCAAUAGCAAAAGCAAAUUGGCCACAAGAUACUUGGACAAAGAACCUCUGGAGAAUCAUCAUGCAGCAGUGACAUUGAGAUUGUUGAAUUAGGAUAAGUACAAUAUACUGUCUGGAUUGAGUGUGGAGGAUUUGGCAAUUUUCAGAUAGACUCUAAUUGAAAAUAUUCUAUUCACAGAUAUUAAAUAACAUUUUGGAUUAAUAAAGGAUUUUGAGUAAAGAGUGAAGGAAAGUAAGGAGAACCAAGAUAAGAUUUUUGGGAUGAUAGUUCACACUUCGGAUUUUAGUGGGGCUGCAAAAGUGUUUGAAUUGUCGAAGGCUUGGACUGAGAAAGUCAAUAUGGAGUUCAAAGCGUAGUUCGAUGAGGAGGGAACUCGUAACAUUAACUAGACUCCUUUUAUGAAAGACUUAGACAAACAGGAAAUAAUGGCAAAAAAUGAAAUGGGAUUUUUCAAAGUUAUUGUUAGACCGUUGUGGGCUAGUUUAAAUGAGUUUUAUGAUAAACAAUUACAGGACAUUAUUGAUAAUGUGGAAAACACGAUAAUUAAGUGGGAGAAGAUUUAUCAUACAUAUAAUGAACAAGAGAAAUAGGAUUGA